CUCUAGAUAACGGUGAUUCUGUUAUUCUUGUCCUACUGGAUCUGUCGGCGGCUUUUGACACCGUGGAUCAUUUAAUGUUAUUAACAAGAUUAUCGAAACGCUUUGGCAUAAGGGGUCGUGUGUUGGAUUGGCUUACCUCAUACCUUACAUCCAGGAAACUGUUUAUUCGUGUUGAGGGAACUGAUUCGUUAUUGAGUGAUCUUGAUUGUGGUGUACCUCAGGGAUCUGUGUUGGGUCCUCUGUUGUAUUCACUCUACACUGCCCCUCUCGCGGAUGUGGCUAGGCGCCACAAUCUGCGCUUUCACUUUUUUCUGAUGAUGGGCAACUUUACAUUGCAUUCAAAACGAAUGAUCGUGAUGAUUUAA